AAUUAUGGUUUUGAUAGUUGGGAUGAAGUGAAAAUGAAGGGAAAACAAAACCCUGGAAUAGGGAGAAGUAAUUGAAAGCGGGGUUUAAGAAAACAUAAACACAAACACCUUCCGCAGCAUCCCAAUCAAAUCAUGUUCACUCGCACCAAUCUGAGGGUGCUUCCUCUCAUUUCUCUAACCUCUAAAGCAUUGUACUCGACUCAUCACAUUGUCGGCGAUAAACCCCUUCUUGUUCGUGAUUUUAUUCAUUCUGCACUCUACCAUCCAUUACACGGUUACUUCUCCCAAAGAUCUCGUUCCGUUGGUGUUCUUCCCAAUACUAUUAAAUUCAAUCAACUUCAAGGCCGAAAAGCUUAUAUGAGAUAUUUGGAUAAUGUUUACAAGCAGAGUGACAUAUCAUGGUUUACCCCGGUAGAGAUUUUUAAGCCUUGGUAUGCCCAUGCUAUUGCUGAAGCCAUCAUGCGCACUGCAAACUUCUCUGUUCCUCUAAAAAUUUAUGAAAUUGGUGGUGGAUCGGGAACAUGUGCCAGGGGUAUAAUGGAUUACAUAAUGUUGAAUGCUCCUGCAAAAGUUUAUAACAGUAUGACUUACACCUCAGUUGAGAUUAGCCCUUCACUUGCUGAGGUGCAAAAAGAAACUGUCGGUGAAGUGCGCAGCCAUAUUCCAAAGUUCAGGGUAGAAUGUCGUGAUGCUGCCGACCGGAGUGGAUGGGGGGAUGUGGAGCAACAACCAUGUUGGGUAAUAAUGCUCGAGGUACUUGAUAAUCUUCCACAUGAUGUUGUCUAUUCAGCGAGUCAAAUCUCCCCAUUGAUGGAAGUUUGGGUUGAGAGACAACAUGACCGAGAAUCACUCAGCGAGUUAUACAAGCCAUUGCAAGACUCACUUGUUACACGUUGUGUUGAGAUCUUGGACUUGGAUAAAACCAGAACCACUCAAAGCAGUGCAGUAUCAACACUUAAAAGUAUUUGGUCUAAAGUUUACCCAAAACCACGGAGAUGUUGGCUGCCAACCGGUUGCUUGAAAUUACUUGAGGUUCUCCAUGAGGUGUUACCGAAGAUGUCUUUGAUUGCUUCUGAUUUCAGCUACCUGCCGGAUGUGAAGAUACCUGGUGAACGAGCUCCAUUGGUUUCAACUAAAAAAGAUGGUAGCAGCACAGAUUACCAAAAUUAUAUGGAGGCAAAGGGUGAUGCUGAUAUCUUUUUUCCUACAGACUUUUGGCUUUUAGAACGGAUUGAUCAUUAUUGUUCUGGGUGGUUGAAACUUCAGGAUAACCAUUCGUCGAAAAAAGGAAAGAAAAGGAGAACAAUUACGCUGGAAACAUCGGCUUUCAUGGAAGAGUUUGGUUUGCCCACAAAGACGAGAACCAAGGAUGGAUACAACCCACUCUUGGAUGACUUCAAGAAUACUAAAUUUUAUCUCAGUGUCCCUACUCACAAUAUUAAGUAGAUGAUCAAUAGAUUCAACCCAAGUACUUGCAUUCACAAGGAUCACAGGCUUUUUGUUGAGAUUAUAUUGUUGCGGUACGAGAAUUUCAGCAUUUCAUGAUUUGAGCAUAAAUUGGAUUUCCAGACUUAACAAUAUGUGGUUAUCUACUGUUUACGGGCAACUUUCCCCUCCUCUCUCUGAAGUCCCAGAAAUUGUAUAAUUUAUUUGAAAGAUAGAACUUUUUAAUAUAGGUGUAGGAAUAAACACAAGAGAAGAUUAUAUUGAUUCCUUGUAUAGAGCCCUAUUUCUGUCAGUAAUAUACACUGCUAGUUUUUGAUGCA